AAGAUGGCCGUCGCUGCUACUGCCCUGGCAGCCCCCCGGGGCGCGCUGAGGUCGCUGAUGCUGCACGCCUGGCGUUGCUCUGCUGCCGCCUCCUCUUCUGCUUGGGCAGAAAUGGCCCCCGUAAAGGAAUCCCAGGAAUCUGCUACCGCUGAAGAAAGCGAGGUGUGCAAAAUGACCUGAAUGCAAUUUAACAAACUGCAUUUCUUCACAAAGGAUGCGUCACUGGGUGAGGACUUGCUUCAUCGCAUGGACCAGCGUGACACCUGGGACCGCUUUUACUCCGAGAAACGGGCUACUGGGCCCCGACAUUUUGACUGGUUCUUCAGCUACAGGGAGGUCUCAGGACUGCUGCUUUCUACACUGCAGGGUCUGUCCUCUGGUGAGACCCGCAUACUGGACGUAGGCUGCGGCACUUCAGCCUUGGGUCUGGGACUGUACCGAGACUCACCCCACCAGCUCCACAUUUCUUGCUUGGAUUUCUCUCCUCUAGCCCUAGAUUCCCUGAGCCAGCUGAUCCGGGAGAGCCCCCCACCGCGGCACCCACUUUCCCAACUGUGCUGCCAUCUCGCUGACGCCACUGACUUGGGGGCCACUUUUGAAUCGAGCUCUUUCCACCUCGUGCUUGAUAAGGGGACCUGUGAUACGCUCCUCCGGUGCCCCCAAGGGCCAGGUCGAGCCAAACAGUUAGUGACAGAGUGCCUGAGGGUUCUAAAACCCCAAGGCAAGCUGCUUCAGUUCUCUGAUGAGGACCCAGAUGCCAGGGUACCAUUCUUGGAACAGGCUGGGGGUGCGAAUGUAACCGUAACGGAGAUCGGGCACAUUAAUGGCAUUUGCUACUAUGUUUACAUGCUUGGCCAAAGGCCCCUGGACUUAGCAGACGGCAGGGAGCAAAGCCUAGAAGGAAAGGGACUCAAAACUGGACCUGCUUGCUUGCCCUAAAACCAGUGUGGUAAGGAGAGUUGAAUUUUUAAUCCGGAGAGAAGCCUGAGAAAUUGUUUGUAUUUGAAGCACCUGGGAAGUAGUUACUAGAUGUCUCACUGCCAGGGUACCGGGAAUGAUUGAUUGAUACAUCCUAGGGAUCAGUAGGUGUUUGUACGUGCUUGCUUCCCACCUGCUCAACCUGUACAUUUGUAAGCAAACAAUUGAAUACAAAAGGUACUGUGGGUCUGUUCCAAAAGAAACUGAUCUUGUGAGGGGCUGCUACUAGGAACUUCCUGCUGCCUAGGAAAGUGGGAAGACACUCUAGGCCAUCAGAUCUAUGUCAUCAGCUAAACGAGGAAGGCCGAAGUAACUGAGAGGCGGCACUUUUCCCCAUGGCAACCAUUAUAAGAGGGCUUAAAGAGGAUUCACAGAUCCUUCCCUGCUGGUUAAGUCCCCUCUUAAUUCCACAUUAGAACAAUAAACAUGUGACAAAGGGUCUGUGCUGCAGCCAGAGAAAGCAUCCGCAGAAUGUGCUGAUUGGCAUGAUUUAGCUUACUUUGAAUAAUUCUAGUUGUGCUGCUCAUGAGGAGGGGUAAGGAGCGAGGCUGGGCACUGAAGUUCCCAUCGUGUAGCUGUGCAAACGGUAUUCAGCUGCUGCCGAAUGAGGGUCCAAUGGUAUAGCCUCUGGUUUGCAUGCGGAAGGUUCCAUCUCUGGCACCUCCGGUUAAGACGGAUCUUAGUCUGUUGGGUUGGGAAGGACACUUUUUGGCCUGAGACCCUGCCUGGGGAGCCACUGCUGGCCAGAAGAGAGAGCAAUAUACUGGAUGGGCCCAUGAUCUGACGCACUCUAAGGCAGCCCCGUCUUCUGCAGUUCCGUCAGGCAGUGCCCAUGAGCUUUGGAGCACAUCUGUGAAGAUAUUUAGUGGUCUGUGAAUCUUUCCCCUUAAAACUAAAUGAAGGUUCUAGUCCCCUAGACUGACAGAUCUCACUUUUAUUUCACAUGAAAGCAUGGGGCCUCUGGAAGCAGAAUUCUGCACCCAGUUAUACCACAUCCUGCUUUUUUCUUUCUGUGGACCUGAGCACUAAUAAGCCAAGUAAAAACACCAACAGGAACA